AUGGCGGGACGGGCCGAGACGCGAACCCCUGAGCCGCCCGACCGCGACGAACACGAAGAUUCACCUCCACGAUUGGUGAGGCCGAGACGCACCACAAGACAACCGAACAACUACGCUCGAGAGCAAGAGAUCCACACCAAGCAGAGAAAUACGCGCACCCAGCUGAGGAAGAAACGCCAAGGCAAACCGGUAGCCCAACAUGACGCGUUAUCUUCGGACGACUCCUCGACGGAGAGCGAGGACCUGAACGCUACCAAUCUCUUGAAAGAGCUCGUUAAACUUAGGAAGGAGAUUAGACGACGCGAUGAUGUGCAUCAGAAAGAACUGCAGAAAAUCAAAGAAGAAUUCAGUGCCGCCCUUGCAGAAGUUCGACUGGAGCUACAGACCCUGACAGAUGGACUUCCGACACCGCAAGCCCUCUCCGAGCUAUGCUCCCAGAACGGCCAUAAUAAGGUCCUUCGCGAAAUUCACUCUCUGCGCAUGGCAAUCAGCCCGUCAGACCCCGCCUCAGGAUCCCCGUCCUAUGCAGAUGUCGCCCGUACUCCCCCAACGGGUUAUCCGAGCAACAUACGGGUCCUCUUAUCGUCGAACACGACACCGACCACUCUCACUGACACGUUAUACUGCACGAUAGAUACCUCGAAGAUGGUAGACAACGGAAAUGAAAGGAUGUCCGCAGGCUCUAUCCGCGCGGCGGUUGAAACAGAAAUUCGGACGAUAGAAAACUACAUAUAUUGGCGCUAUCGCGCCGUCACGGUAGAUCCAAAGAACACAAACCGGAUCAGAAUUGCCUGCCGGGAUAAAGCCGAAUACCGGCUGCUCAAAGAAGUAGCGGAGGCCAAAAUUAGGGCGGGAGCCCGGGUGCUUCGUGACGAACUUUACCCGAUCAAAGUUGACAGUAUAAACAAGACCGUAGUUCUAGACGAGAAGGGUGAGAUUCGAGCCGAAGCCACAGCGGUGUUUAGCGAGGAGAAUAAGACCACCGUUGCCAAGAUCGCAUGGCUUAGCAGAAAGAAAAACGCAAAGGCCUAUAGUUCUAUGGUUGUUUACCUAACUAAGAGCACUAACGCGCGGAGGCUCCUAGCCGACGGGUUCUUUUAUGCUAGAGGAGAAUCCGGCGUGACUAGCGCCUUUGAAUACCGACCCCGACCGACGCAAUGUUAUAACUACCAGGAGAUUGGACAUAAGGCAUUCUAG